AUGUAUGGGUACAAGUCCCGCUUCCUGGAGCUACAAAGUCAAAUCCAGUCAGCUGUGCCAGAAGCGGAAGUCACCGGAAGUGUUGGGCGGGAUCAAUCAUUUGAAGUGAGUUUGAAUGAUCAGAUGCUGUUUUCCAAGCUGGAUUCGGGGGGAUUCCCCAAUAAUGACCAGAUUGUGAAGCAAGUUGUUAAUUAUGACGGUGGGAAUGUUGAUCAAGUCACCGAUAUAUCCUUCCCAGGAUGCAGUAUUUUAUGAAGGAUAGUACAGAUAUAACAGUAAACAGUGCAACUAGCAGAAAUGUACUCAACUCAAAAAUCAUUUACCAUUCUGGAGAACUCAACUGAAAUACUGUAAUGUGGCGAAGGCAUCACCAGUCACCGAAUAAUAUCUUCUCAGAGACAUGGGGUCUUCGUUUGUGUGAUCUUAGUGCUAGAUAAUGCUUUACCCCUGAUGAUUCAUUUUCAUGCCACAUGUAAUUUGUAAGGUGGUUGAGUUGCGACACAUUCUUGAAUGACAUCAUUUGGUACACAAUCCGUUUGUAGCGGAUGAUGGCUGGCACUCAAAGGAAAAGUCCAUGUGCAAGCCUGAACUUCAGGUCUUCAAACUCUUUGUGUACAAAAUGUAAUAACAUUCUAGGUUUGUAAUUUAUAAUAUUAAUAAAUUAUUAAUGACACAGAGUAAA